AUGUCGCUUCGCUUGGGAGUCCUACGUUUGAACUGGGCAGCGAGUUGUCAUUUACACAAACUAAUCUCUUCUUGGGGUGUCCGGUCGCUGUCUGGAAAUGUGUCAUCUAAACCCGUUACCGCCGCUACCUCGGAGGUUAUUGGCGAUCAUUCAAUCUACACACAGGAGCACUUGGCACUGAAGGAAUCUCUCAGAAAGAUCAUCGACCAGGAGAUCAAUCCAUAUGUUGACCAGUGGGAGGCAGAGGGGAUGUUUCCUGCCCACAAAGUCUUUAAGAUCCUGGGGAACGCUGGCUUUUUAGGGGUCAACAAACCAGUUGAGUAUGGAGGUUUGGGCCUGGACUUCAGCUAUAGCAUGGCAGUGUCAGAGGAGCUGGGCAACAUCCGCUGUGGAGGCAUCCCUAUGGCCAUCGGUGUACAGACUGACAUGGCUACUCCUGCACUGGCAAGGUUUGGUUCAGCUGAGCUAAAGAAGGAGUUCCUCCGUCCCUCCAUCAUGGGGGACAAAGUGGCCUGCCUGGGUGUCAGCGAAGUCGGUGCUGGCUCUGAUGUCUCAAGCAUUGUGACCAAGGCGGUGAGGGAUGGGGAUGAGCUUGUGAUCAACGGGGGAAAGAUGUGGACCACCAGUGGUAGCCAGGCUGACUGGAUGUGUUUACUGGCCAACACCAGCGAAGGAGCGCCUCACAAGAACAAGUCUCUCAUCUGCCUGCCCAUGAACCUGCCUGGAAUUCAUAUUGCCCGCAAGAUAGAUAAAAUAGGGAUGAGGUCAUCGGACACUGCUGAGGUUUUCUUCGAUGAUGUUCGUGUGCCUCACAAGAAUGUCAUUGGUCAAGAGGGCAUGGGCUUCACCUAUCAGAUGCUUCAGUUCCAGGAGGAGAGGCUCUGGGCAGUGGCCAACAUCACAACCACGAUGGACAACAUCAUCCAGGAGACCAUCGAGUACACACGUCAGAGGAAGAUCUUCAAGAUGCCUGUACUUUACCACCAGUCAGUUCACUUUAGAUUAGCUGAGUUGCAGACGGAAAUCGAGCUGCUCAGAUCCCUCCUCCAUCGUUCUACAGCGUUGUACAUCAAAGGCAACGAUGUGACCAAGCUGGCGUCCAUGGCUAAGCUGAAGGGGGGUCGCCUGGCCAGGGAGGUGGCAGACAGCUGUCUACAGUUCUGGGGAGGAAUGGGUUUCACCAGCGACGUGCUGGUCAGCAGGUUCUACAGAGAUUCCAGAUUAAUGUCCAUUGGUGGAGGGGCUGAUGAAGUAAUGCUGGGAAUCAUCUGCAAGUACAUGGACACCUUACCGAAGAAGUGAUAGCGUGAUGUUGCCAAUAGUGGUCUACUAUUCACAUUAAAUUUUCUUAACAGCUAACCCAAAGUGCACUUAAUCAGCCAAUGAAAUGAUCCAUUAAUCAUUUUAUUGAAGGAAAUAGGGCUACCGUCCAGUUGAUGUUUGUAUUGUAACAUACAAUGGUAUUUUUCUCUAAACAGAAUACUUUGGUGACUAUUUCUGAAAGUGGGUGAUUCAGACAUGUAAAUACUCUAGGUACUGGGUAUGACUUGUCGCCUUCACGCCUUUGUUUCUAAGUGACUUUUAAUGUUUCUUUUAUGAACAGAAUGUGUACUUAUUAGCCUAGUCUCAUGAAGGCAAUGAAUAGGUGACAGCAUGUACAGUUCUAAUGUACAGAGGAUCGUGUAAAAUAAAUGAAUGCUCAGCAAACAUACUGACUUCU